AUGACCCAGUUAGAGAAAGCUUACCGUCAAACUUUAAAACUCAGUGAAUCUAAGGAUUCGAAAAACACAAAAGCAGCAACAAAACAUUCAGUAAAGCUGUUCAGGACAUAUCUGGCUGAAAAAGGCCACGAUUCUUCCUUUGAAACUUACACGAACGGGGUUCUGAACAGUCGACUGCGUUUGUGCUACGCCGAGGUUCGAAAUGCGUCUGGAGAACGAUAUAAGAGGACAUCCCUGAUUGCAAUACGAAGUGGAAUAUGCAGGUACUUGUGUCAAUCUAACAACAUCGACAUAACUCGAGAUGUGGACUUUAAAGAAGCCAACGACAUGUUUGUUUGUAUGUGUAAAGAUACCUGCAAAACAGGUAAAGGAACUGUUGAUCACAAAGUGUCCAUCGAGAAAGCAGAUUUAGAGCGUUUAUACAGUUCCAGGAUGCUUGACACUACCACACCGUAUGGGCUUUUAAACAAAGUAUGGUUUGAAUUAUGUCUGUACUUUUGUAGGAGAGGGCGUGAAAACACAACGUGA